CCAAGGAACAUUCAGUCAAGCCGCGAACGUUGCAAGCUCCAGACGUCUGUGUCUCUCGUAGCUCUCACAACACAAAGAAUUUUAUUUUAAAUUUAUAUUAUUUUUUUAUGUUACUGUUUUAUUUUAUUUAAUUUGUGUGAUCACCAGUGAUCUAACUAACGCGGGAGUGCCUGUCGAUUUGCAAGUGUAUUUCGUUAAAUGUCUCUGGGCGCCGAUCGUUCGUACAAAAUGAAGCUGCGUGAUGUGGAAAACGCCUUCAAAUAUCGCCGCAUACCGUAUCCGAAGCGAUCCGUGGAACUGAUUGCCCUGCUGGCCAUAUCGUGCACCUUCUUCCUCUUUAUGCACACCAACAAGCUGAACAGCCGUCUCAAGGAGAUGGAGGUGAAGCUGCAGCCCUCCGAGUUCUCCGCCCUCGGCCUGACCAGCAAUCACGUCAGCGGCCACGAUGCGGGCAAACACGACGAUAUCAACACCCUGCAUGGCACCUACCAAUAUCUGAAAAGCACUGGCCAGCUACGUGGAUACAAUGUGCAUGAUCGCCGGAGCAGCGAGGAGGAACCAAAGCAUGAAGAGGAACACGGACAUGGACACCACCACGAUCAUCACUCGAAGCAGCACCAGCAUCAGGUGCCACAUCAGGUGCCUCACAAGGCGCACCUGCACAAGGCCCCACAUGACAAACAAUUGGCCCUGCCCGAGGAGAAGCCCCUCCAAGAUGAGGCUAACUAUGGGGACGAUGAAGAUGAUGAUGAUGAUGAUGAGGACGAUGCUGAUGAUGAUGAAAAGCAUGAUGGUAUUGAUGGCAUUGAUGGGUUCAAUUUGCAAGCCGAUUUACUGAAUAAUACCAAAUACGCCGAAGUAGAUUUCGUGUUCUUCAAUCGCGUACCGAAGGUAGGCAGCCAAUCGCUGAUGGAGCUGAUGGCACGCCUGGGCAAGAUCAAUGGGUUCAACCAUGCCCGGAACAAGGGCGGUGCCCACGAAACCGUCUUGAUGAACAAGCAGCACCAAAGCGAUCUGCUUUCCGAUCUCCUAACGCGCCCCAAGCCCCACAUCUACAGCCAGCACAUAGCCUACAUCAACUUCACCAGAUUCCAUCUACCGCGUCCGAUCUACAUUAAUCUCGUACGCGAUCCCAUCGAUCGCAUCAUCAGCUGGCAUUACUACAUACGUGCCCGCUGGUACUAUCGCGACAUGCAGGCCAAACUGGGGGACAAGGCCCCGGCCAUGCCUUCGGACGAGUUCCUAGACAUGGACCUGGACACAUGCGUCCGCAACAAAGAUCGCCACUGUACUUUCAAUCAAAUGCAGAUCAAGAACGAUGCGGGUGAUCACCGUCGUCAGACUUUAUUCUUCUGCGGCAUGAAUCAGAAGUUGUGCAUGCCCUUCAAUUCGGAGAUGGCCAUGCAGAAGGCCAAGCGCACUGUGGAAUCGGAAUAUGCCGUGGUUGGCACCUGGGAGGACACAAAUAUCACGCUAGCCGUGCUGGAGGCCUAUAUACCACGAUAUUUCCGUAAUGCCAAGGUGGCCUACUAUCUGGGCAAAGAUCGUCUGUCCCGCGUUAAUCGCAAUAAUGUCACACGCAUCGUGAGCGACGAAACGCGCCUGAUCCUGAGGAAGAAUCUGACCAACGAGAUCGAGUUCUACGAAUUCUGCAAACAGCGUCUGUACCUGCAGUAUGCCGCUCUAAGUCAUGGCAAGGGCUUCGGGGAAGACGACUAUCUGCUGGUGCCAGAGCAGCGCAACGACUACAACGAGGAGGAGUAUUAGGGACAGAACAGAGCAAGAAUAGAAUCGCGUAGGAACAAAUUUCGAUUAGACCUAAGCUAAGCCAUGUCCACUGUAUGAUUAAACAUUUCAGGACUAUAUAGUA